AUGAGCGCUGCCGCUUCAACAUCCUCAGGCUCCAAGCCGACGGCAGCAGGGAUUGUGGAACGUGCAGACACGCAGCAGCGAGUCAUCCCCGAAUCCAGGCGUGCCGAUGGAUCCGUUCGGAAAGAGCGCAAAGUGAGGCCUGGAUUCACACCGGUCGAGGAUGUGAUGCGCUACCGCCCGGCACGAGUCAGGGAAGCCGAAGAAGCUCGCAAGAAGGGCAUUCCAGGCAGCGUGCCGACUCAGUCCACAGCAGCGGCAGUAGCAUCAGCGGACUCUUCCGCAUCACCUCGGCCAUCCGCAUUACCGUUGGAACCCCCGAGAUUCGAGGCUCAACGCACCACUUGGCGCUCGAACACACAACAACGGCAAACAGCCUUGGCGGUGAAUUCAAGGGGGGAAGCCAGAAGCACUGCAAGUGAGGCGGACACACCGAAAGCCUCAUCACACGGAGAAGGAUCAUGGCGCAACUCUCGUCUGCGCAAGUCCGCGGAUCCAUCGAAGAAGGCAGUCACGUCCGCAGGCAGCAGUCAAGACGUGCGGAUUGAGACUGUCGAUCCGGCCACAGCCAAAGCAGAGAGUUCUGUGGUUUCAGAGGCCCUCUCUUCCGCUGAUGAGCUUGCCCAGGAGCUAGACAGUCUGCGCAUCGGAAAGUCCGAUAAACCUUCACAGAAAUGA